AUGUUAAGUGCUGCGAAGGACAUAUUGGAAUCUGAGAGUGCUGCUGAAAGGCACAACGGAACGCACGCUUGCCGGGAACAUAUUAUUGAUCGGCAAUGUCAACGAAUGUCAACAGGAGCUGUUUUGUUGGCGGAUAUUAUUCCUGCCCUCUUGGUUAAAGUCACUGCUCCGCUAUACAUUCGCAUGGUCCCUUUCGGGUUUCGUCAUCUGCUGGUUGUUACUGCACAAAUGUUGAGCUUUAUCCUUGUGGCUUCGAGUAGUAACGUCUCUUAUGCUCUUUUCGGCGUUGUUGUCGCCAGUUGGGGAUCUGGCUUGGGAGAAAUAUCUUACCUGGCCUUGGCAUCGUAUUUUGACUCCCAAGUUAUAUCAAUGUGGUCGUCGGGCACGGGUGGUGCGGGAAUUGUCGGCGCCUUGACUUACGCCGUUCUUACUGACCCGCUAAUGCUACAUUUAUCGCCUAACACAGCACUGUACAGUAUGCUAAUCGUACCUUUGAUCUUCGCAUAUACCUUCUGGUUUAUCUUGGAACUACCUCCCACGGUGCAUCGAGUCAAAGUCUGUGAUCCAAGCACAUAUGUCGUACGACGGCGAAAUGGUCCCGACGGAAAGCGGUCCGGUGGUCAAUCAGAUCCAAAUGAAAGGCCACUUCUGCGAUGCGUGAUCGAAGAGGACACCGCCAACACUGGUAUUUUCCAGAGACAU